UGAGAAACUGGUGCUCAUGGUUCGUAGUUGAAUUUCCAAGAAAGCCUAUUAAUCCUAAAAACAUGGAAUCGUUUGUGGACGAUCUUAAGAAGGAAGUUCAAUGUUCUUUGUGUAAUGAUACAUUUACAGAACCCAAGAUCUUGCCUUGUUUCCAUACAUUUUGUAAACCUUGUGUGAAAAGACACGCCGACCUGAUAGACGAAGUCAACGUCUUCAAGUGUCCUCGAUGCAAAUUAACAACUUCUUUACCAGAACCAAGCAGCGUCGAAGAUCUACAGCCUAGUCUACUUCAUACAAGAAUCUUGAAGGGUCUGGCGUUGGUAGAAGGAGAAAAGAUUUGUUCUGUUUCUGAGAGCCAUUCUACAGCAUCUUGGUAUUGUUUUGAUUGUGAUCGCUCGAUGUGCGAGGAAUGCAAGAAAUACCAUUCAGAGUUUACCAAAGAUCACAAGGUCGUUCGUCUGGCUGAUUUGGAGCAAGAAGAUAUUGGGUUCAUAAUAACAAGAGAAAAUCCUUGUAAAAGUCACCCUCAUCACAGGCUAGAGUUGUUCUGUGAAGACUGUGAUGACAUGAUUUGCAGGACAUGCUUGAUACACGAUCACAAAGAUCAUAAGACAAUGUUAUUAGAUGAAUUAGCUUCAAGAAAGAAGACCGUGUUGUCAAAAUAUCUGAAGGCGAUAGAGAAUUUAAUGUUGAAUGACAAAGAAAAGCAAGAACAGGAAGAGAUUGCUUACAAUAUAAAACAACAAGGAGAUAAAGCUUUGAAACAAAUUCAAGAGAAAACAAAGGAAAUGAUCGAUACUCUUCGAGAAAAAGAAAGAGAGUUGAUAAAGCAAGUCGUCGAGAGCUCGGAAAAAGCCGAAAGAAACUUGAACAUAAUCCAUCACAUGCCAGCCGUUAAGGAAUACAUCAAUAGGAUAAUGGAAAGAGGGCUGGCAAGUGAAAUGAUUAAUUAUAUUCAAGAGACACAAUGCUCAGAGGAUUAUAUCUUAAAUCCUAUUUCACGAUACUCGAGAAUUGUCUUUGUUCCAAACGAAAAGUUAAUGGAAGAAGUAUAURCAGGGUUGGGAGAAAUACAGUCUUAUUCUGAAACAGACCACACGAUGAGCUUUAUUCAAGUGGAGUAUAAGCCGGCAGUAGCUUUAAGACGAGGAAAGCUAAAAUUGAUAAGUAGAUCAUGUAUAGGAGAAAUCAUUUCUGAUCCAUUGGAUGUUAUAGACGUUCAAAUCAAGCCUGAAGAAAAUGUGAAARUAGAAAAGAAAUAUGUGAGAACUGAUGGUAAAGUAGAAGUUGAAUUCAUGGCUAGAGUAGCUGGUCAGUUGACAGCAGAGGUUCAAGUGAAUGAGAAUCAUGUAUCUAACAGUCCACUAGUGGUGAAUGUCAAACCACAAGAGAUCAACGUAAGAAUGAAGUUAAACUUGGAAGGCCCAACUGAUACACAACCUAAACUAUUGAAUGGGAUAGCAGUGAAUAGAAAAAACAGUAGAGUGGCUGUUGCAUAUGAGUCUGCCCACUGUGUGCAUGUAUUCACCACUGAUGGAGAUCUUUUACUGACGUAUGGUAGUCGAGGUAGUGCACAGGGACAGUUGUCUAAUCCUGAAGGUUUAGCAUUUCUGAAUGAUACAGAUUUAGUCAUAUCAGACAAUGGUAAUCAUAGAAUAUGUAUAGUGAACACUACAACAGGGACAUUGGUAAAAACCUUUGGUAACCAUGGUAACGGGGAUGGAGAGUUUCGUUAUCCAUAUGGAGUCCACGUUGAUAACGAUGGUAACAUCAUUGUGUGUGAUCGUAAUAAUCAUCGCGUUCAAGUUUUCACAAGAGACGGUGACUAUCAAUAUCAGUUUGGUUUGACAGAUGAUGACAUUUUUACUCCAAUCAGUACAGUUUCCCAUGGUGAACGGUUUUACGUCAGUGAUACGGUUCGUCAUGUUAUUCAUGUAUUUGAGAAGAAAGGUAACAUAAUGACUGGAAUAUCGACGAUCGGUGGCGAAGGCAGUGCAGAUAGCCAGCUAAAAAGACCAUGGGGGCUGGCUAUUGAUAAAGACCAUCUUCUGCUUGUCUGUGAUCAUGAAAACAAUCGCAUUCAAAAAUUCACAUUGGAUGGUCGUUUAGUUGGCAAGACCUGUAAUGAAGUCGAUCAUCCUGCCUAUAUAAYGGUUAUGAAUGAUGGCCAAUUAUUACUCACUUCAUACAUUAAUGGAGUAUACAUGUCUUUCGUGGAUCGUGGAGUAAAUAGAUAAUCUCUCUCAACCACGGACUCGUCAUCUUGUUUUCACGAUUCUCACUGUUUAGUUUAAAAAUUUCUGAUUGGUUGGGGGAAAAUGCCUGUAAAAUUAUAUAGCCGGUCUACAUAGCAUGAUAUUUCAGGAUCUCUUUAAUCAACUACUGGUAACUUUUAAGUUUUAAUGUUAAAACAUUAACUUUCUUAAAAAGCAUAUUUACACCCACAUAGUAACAUAUACACACAGCAUCUGUAAAAUACUUGCUGGUCCAAAGAACUUAACUACUGGUAAUUUUUAAGUCUUAAUGUUAAGAGGAAAUUUUUUUUCAAUAACGAGCAAUAAUGGCAAAAAGCGCAAAA